GCUGCGUGCGAAGGAGAGAGAGGAAAAACGGCUCUCAGCAAAGCAACAAGAACGAAGAGCAAUGGCGACACUGGAUCGCCAAAUACCAAGUCCGGAUACGUUCCUGUGCGAGCCUUGGUCUUCCUUCGUCAGUGCGGCUAAAUUACGUUUUGUUGACAACACGUCCGUGGAUAACAGCGACGGGGAGCUCUGCUGCCUCGGUGAAGCCGUGAAGCUCAGCAAACAAGAGAUGCUUGUCUACAGCCAGUUUCCUGCACUGGAGGAUUUUUGUCUUGUUGUCUGCCAUGUCUGCAGUAAGGUGGUCACUCCUCGGGGCAUCCUCACACACUAUGAGAAGCGACACAGCUCCCCAGUCCCCUCCAGGAGCCCCUUGGUUCCCAUGAAGCCCAAAGCUCCUGCAGUGGCCCCUGCUGUGGCUCCCAGUCCUGGGGACACGCUGGCAUUCAGAGUCCCUAAAGAUUAUCCACACUCCCGCUUCAGCAAGGCACCACUUGCUGUUUACCCACCGAAGGGUGCACGGAACAAGACAUGCGUGUCGCUACCAGUCGUGAGUCUGGAGAAGAUGCCCUGCCUCAGCCGGCCCGACUCUGCGUCGCACGUCCGCCUCGCCUCCUCCUCCACUUCCCCACUCAAAUCCCUCACUCCCCCGGCCUCCCAACGUUCGGGCGAGAAACUCACCAACGGUCGCGGCACAAGCGGGCCGUCCACGCCGCGCUCCACCACGUCUCCGUCUUCUCUGGACAGGCGACCCAGUCCGGCGCGCUCUCCACUGGACAGACGGGCGGCAUCGACACCAUCUCCCUCCCCGUUGGAUCGGAAGCCCUCCCUGUCGCCUUCACCUUCUCACCGAUCUGUCACUCUGCCGUCGUUGUCGUCAUUAUCACCGUUGGACAAGAAGCAGCAGAAUGGGACUAAGACUCCCUCCAGGUCGCAUAAAAGACUCUCAGGGAGGGUGUUUGAUCCAAACAAGCACUGCGGUGUGCAGGACCCCGAAACUAAAAGGCCCUGCACGAGGUCUCUCACCUGCAAGACUCACUCCUUAACCCACCGGCGAGCCGUGCCCGGCCGAAGGAAACAUUUCGACAUCCUCCUGGCCGAGCACAAGGGGCGGGCGAAGGAGAAGGAGGGACCCAAGGAGAAGGAGAAGGACAAGGACAAGGACGGAGCGCAGGGAGGGAAGGAAAGCGCCAACCAGAGUAUCGCAUCACAGGAGGCCGCAUGUCCCGGCAAGUCUCACUGCCCGAACGGACGACCGCUCUCCACGCUGAAGCUGCGCCUGGCGAACGCACACAUACCGAGGGUUCCAGGCGGCUCCUCCACCUCCGCUCCUCUGCUCCCGGCAGCUCCUCCCGCCACGGCCCCGAACCCAGAGCCGUCUCCCCACAGCUGGGUGACGACAGUGGGAGACGGCAGUCGCCUUUCCAGUGACGAGGGAGACGCAGAGACUCCAGAGGACGCCGACAGACCUGCCUUUCACUGCUCCAGUCAUCACCCACAGCCUUUAGGGUUUUGCGUAUUCAGCAGCAGACUCAUGGGACGGGGCCACUAUGUGUUCGACAGGCGAUGGGACAGGAUGAGGCUGGCGCUGCAGAACAUGGUGGAGAAACACCUUAACGCACAGAUGUGGAGGAAGGUGCCUCUGGCUGCUGAGAGCCUUCCCUCCCUCUCCCCGUCUGGUUCCUCCUCCUCCUCCAUCACUUCACAGCAGACUCCCUCUCCCACCUCCGUCAACUCCUCCCUCCUCGCCUCCGCCUCUAACUCCCUCUCCUACACCGCCACGUUCCCUCAGUCUGCGUCCACGGCCGGCAUGUUCAGCAUCAGAGACUCCACACAGGUUUUCUCACCGGGAAAAGCCCGUAACGGCUCGCAUAAAGCCAGUCGCCCAUCCAAAGACACGGAGGACCCCGCAGUGGGACCUAAAAAGAGAAAAAACUCUUCCUACUCUUCGUCCUCCUUUUCGUCUACUUCCUUGUUUCCGACCGUGGAUAACCACAAAAGGAACGGCAGCAGCUUUCAUUCAACGUUACAAGGCUCGGCGGGGGCAACUGCCUCCCCAGCCAGGAAAAAGGGACUCAGCCGCGGGGAUGGUGGGCUUUGGAGCGGCUCGGAGGACUGGCUGUCCAGAGCCGAUGGGUCUCAGAGUCACAACUCACAAAACAGUCGCGAACUAGCCACCACCAGUAUACCCUACUCACCCAGCAGGGAAGUGGCCUCAGCGCCCCAUCAGCCAAUGGCUCCCCCCUCAGGACCCUUAGCUUAUGGCGGAGGAGCAGAGGGGAGGAAGAGGAGGAGUCCCAGCUCUUACAGAGGGAAGGCCAGUAAGCUGAGCAGGCCAGGAAGGUUAGAGAGCCUUUUCGGGAAAGGAAAUGACAGCGGAGGGAUACUGGCUUCGGGACCUGAGUCCCCAAGACAGGCCAAGUUGCAUCACUGACAGAAACCUGUUCCACGGACAGAAUGUUGGGCAGCUGUGCAGGCCACCACCGCAUGUGACCUUCGACCUCACCACUCUUCCAACGACGGCGCCAAUCUGACUCCUUCAUCUCGCCCUCGUUUAUCCGAUGACAGUUCAGUUCACCGGCUGUGACGUCAGCAGGGGGGUGGGGGUCUCUGAAGUCUUUGCACCCGGCAGUAACUUCCCUGUCCCUCGUUAUGGAUCGUUUUGUUGGAAAGCUGCUCUGCAUCACUGUGGUCUUUAUGGAACAACAUUUUA